CUCGACCUCCCCCGCAUAGAUUCCUGCCUGCGCGUUCACGUCUCCUAAAAUGCGCGGCGGCAGCCUCGCGCAGUUCGGCUGCGUGCAAGAAUCCUUAUUUUUAGCGCGUGGCUCGUGUUGCAGUGUCGGGCAGCGGGGACGUUUUCUCUCCAUCUCCGUGCCUUAGUUUGACUCACGGGGAGCCCGAGAGACGGUGCCUGGAGUUGACGGUAGAAAGCGAGGAGGAGGGUAACACACAGACACAGCGGGGAGGGGAGCCGCACCAACACAUCUUAUCACCGUUUCACCGCUGUCCGACACUCGUUAGACGGCCUGCCCGGAGAUGGCCAGCCCCGCAGCAGGUCGAGAUGACCCGAAUGCUUCUUCGCCGCGGGACGAGCAGGAGCAGCCGGGGUCCAACCAUCCCGAACCAGCCUGCCUGGAGGCACAGAAAUGGAUAGAGGCUGUAACAGGGAAGAGCUUUGGAGACAAGGACUUCCGCAGCGGAUUGGAGAACGGCAUCCUGUUAUGCGAGCUGCUGAGUGCAAUCAAACCAGGCCUGGUCAAGAAGAUCAACAGACUGCCGACCCCCAUUGCUGGGCUGGACAACCUGUCAGUCUUCUUGCGGGGCUGUGAGGAGUUGGGCCUGAAGGGCUCUCAGCUGUUUGACCCCGGGGACUUGCAAGACACUUCAAUACGAGCUAACCUCAAGGACUCUGACUGCAACCGCAAAUUAAAAAAUGUGCUGAACACAGUGUUCUGGCUUGGGAAGGCUGCCAGCGGCUGCGCCUCCUACAGCGGCCCUACUCUUAACCUCAAGGAGUUUGAAGGGCUUCUUGCUCAAAUGAAGAUGGAGACUGAGGAAGGAGGCGACAGUUCACAGAAGCGCAGCGUUAGGGACAGCGGCUAUGACUGCUGGGACUCUGAGAGGAGUGACUCUCUCUCUCCACCACGACACACUCGAGACAACUCCCUAGACAGUCUGGACUCCUUUGGCUCCCGCUCACAGCACAGUCCUUCUCCUGAUGUGGUGAAUCGAGGCAACAGUGAUGGGCGAGGCAGCGACUCGGAGGCAGACGCCCCCAGCAGGAGGCCAGAUGUGCGGAAAGAUGACAUGUUGGCCAGACGGACAGCCAGCAGCGAAUCAAGAAGCUCCAUUCCCUUUAACCAGUUUCUUCCCAACCGAACCAAUGCCAGCUCGUACAUCCCAACUCCACGGAGAAAACCACAUUCAGAGGAAGGAGAGCAGCGGAGGAGUGUGAGCCUGGGUGACAUGCUUAACGAGGAAGAGGUGGGGCACUUACCACCGCUGAGCCAAUCACGACACGAACGCAUGCACGAACAAUACAACAACUUUCAGGAAGAUGACGACCACUGGCAAAACAACCUGGCUGCCUGGAAGAAUCGGCGCCGCAGCGCGUCACAGGAACUGAUCAAGAAAGAAGAAGAGAGGAAGAGGAUGGAGAAAAGGAUGAAGGAGGAGAGAAGUGAAAGCAACAAGAGGAAAAGCAUUAAGACCUACAAAGAGAUUGUGGAAGAGAAAGAGCGCAGAGAGAUCGAGUUGUGUAAUGCCUACAGGAAUGCAGCGACUCCAGAAGAGGCCGCCAUGGUUUUACAGCGUUAUGCUCUUCGCUUCACCAUUAGUGACGCAACACUGGACAGCUUAAAACUGCCCAGAUCCACUUCAAAACCCAAACAGGAUCCAAAUCUGGUGGACAAGGAGGCCAAAACGACACCACCUGUUAAUCAAACAUCACAGCCUCCGCACAAACCAGAACCGGCUGUUAUAACCAACCAGCAGCACACAGAACCUGAAGAGAUGGAGACAGAAACAACUGCUGAACAAGAGACAUCACCAUCUGUCUCCUCCAGCUCCCCAACACCUGUCAGCCCCCUCAGCCCGACCACAAACUCAGAAAAUGUGCCACCUCAGUCACUCGAAGUGAACGAACCUCAGUCCAAACCGACAGAGUCUCCAACCACACCACAAAAACAAGCGCCCACAGGAGAAGCAAAGCCUCAAACAAAACCCUCUCCACCUCAGAUUGCACAGGUGCAGCCUCACACCACACAGCCUGUACACACACUCCCUUCCCCUCCAUCCGUAGUACCCAGACCCGUCCCCCUGCUGGCAGCCAAACCCUACUGCCAGCCCAGGAGCACACAGUCUGGACACAAAUCUGUCAAGAUGGAUGGGUUGGUGCGAGUGAAUGGAGAGGUGACAGAGGAUUUAUCUACUUCCACUUCAACUACUUCUGUUCAGCACUUGACACCCGAGGUCAAAGACGUUCAGUCGGAGCAGACAGAGAUAGACGUGCCCUCCAAACAAACAGAGAAAGACCUUUCCUCCAAACAGACGGAGAAAAACGUUCCUUCCAAACCAACAGAGAUAGAACUUCCUUCUAAAGAGGCGGAGAAAGACCUUCCCUCCCAAAAGACAGAGACAGAAUUUCCCACUGAGACGACCACGAUCUAUCAGGAGACAGUGCAGCAGACGGCGCCUCCACAGACAGAAAGAUCGUCUUUAGGGUCUGCCAUUAGCUCUUUGAUUGGAGGCCGAAACUGUACCAUCACCACAACUAUUGUGACGGAGCUCACACACGUGGAACCACAUCAACCGGAUAUCCAAAGCAAUGGACAGGUCAACGGUACGUCAGGGUUUUCUGGGAGUCCAGCAGAGGAAGAAAAGACUCCGUCAGUUUCAUCACCAAACAGCAUGAGCGAAUAUUCUCCUACUGUCACAGAGGGACUUGAGGAGAGCAGUGUGUCUGUGAGUAUCUCUCAACAGCUCCAGCUUGUUUUGUUUUUUUCUGUUUCCCUUCAUUCUAUUGAGACCCCCAUGUUGAACUUGGCUAAACGUGUUAAUCACUGGGUCUGGGACCCCAAUGAGGAGCGUAAACGCCUGGAAAGUUGGCAACAGGAGCAGGAGCGCCUCCUACAGGAGCAAUAUCAGAGAGAACAGGAGAAGCUAAAGAAGGAGUGGGAGAAAGCACAGCUUGAGGUGGCAGAGGAGGAGAGAAAGCACAAUGAAGAGGAGAGAAAGAUCCUUGAGGAGACUGUAACGCCAUUAAAUCCCACCGGUUUGUUAAACCAUCAGCCGGUCGAGACAGGAACAACUUCAUCAGCUCCAGAAAACGACAAAAACAGCGUUCCUCAACAGCAAAACGGCCAAAGACCCUCCGUAGGCAACGAGGAUCAGCAUGCAUCCAAGUUGCAUUUUUUCCAGGACUCUUCAUGUGAUGGUGCAGCUUCAAAGAAACAGGAACUGUGGAAGACGGCCUCUCUGGACCGAAACCCUCAGCUGAACCAGCCACAUAUUGUCAAAAGAUCUGAAUCACAUGAUGCUGUUACAAACAAACAGCAGACCUCCCCUUCAUCUCCUCAGCCUCCCUCACCCAGCAGGUGUGUCAGUGGGAAGAGACUAUGCUCUGGUUGUUCUCAACCACUGGGAAAAGGAGCUGCCAUGAUCAUCGACACACUGGGACUGUUUUUCCACGUACAGUGUUUCAAGUGUGGAGUGUGUACUGGGCAGCUGGGUGACGCCACUGCAGGGACUGACGUACGGAUUCGCAACGGACUGCUGAGCUGUCAUGAGUGCUACAUUGCUUCUCGGGGCAGAGGUCAGCCCACUACUCUUUGAUGACCUGCAUUGGAACUGGAACCCCCUCGUCAGUCAGUGAUUGGACGGAGAAAAAUUCUGGGACUUUCACUCUCAUUCUGGAAUACUCUGGAAAACUCUUGGAAUCUCUUCUGAGCUUUUUUUCUUCCCCCCUGAAAUGCACCAACAGGGUUGGAAAACUGGACUAACGUGGACUGACAUCACCUGCACAAACAGUACAGCGUGUGUGUAUUAAUUACAUGUAUACACUUCUUUUAAUAUGUGUAGCAUGGCUGUAAUCAAGAAAUCAGUGUGUUUAGCCCUUUGCACAUCCAUACUUAGCACAGUUAAGAGACUAAAAAUAAGCAUCCGUUCCGUCACAAGCUUAACAUGUUGCGCUAAAACGCUGAACCAAGACACAUGAGUCUGAAAAUCUUGAUCCAUUAACCCCUGCUUCUGCACUGAUCAUGUGACUGGUUUGGGUGGAAUAACCUGAAGUAGCUUGACCAUUACAAUGCCUUACUCAUCCUCAUCAUACCUUCUUUUUUUGGGAUUUUGUGUUUACAGUUUUGCAUGAAAGAAGAACAUAUUUAAGUUAUUGUGAGUAUUGCUCGGAUGGAGUAGUGUGAGUUUGUUGUUAUCGUCUCAACAGCUGAACUUUAACUUUCCUCUCGUAUGUUGUACAUCAUGAUAUUUUUGAAUUUUUAAGGGAAAUCUUACGAUCUUACGCAAGCUUUUUUUCUUUACAAAUCAUUUUACUGGAAUGAGAAUGCAUGUUAUUAAUUAUAAACUUGUUGUUCUUUGGAUUUUUAAAUAUUUUUCCCUUUAAGAUGUUUUAGCCAUUGUUUAUUCUCAAGACUGAGUGCAUCCGAAUCAGUGCCUUAUGGAAUGAAUGUGAGAGGGAGAGUGUAUGUGCAGGAGUAAUUCACACUUACACAGAUCCUCUGGGUCUCGGCACGUGUGUGUGUGUGUGUGUGUGUGUGUGUGUGUGUGUCUGUGUGUGUGUGUGUGUAUGAAAUCAUGCAUGUAUAGGUAUGUAUGCAGUGUGUGAUUUGACUUGAAGCACAGUUCCAUACCAGCAAAAAAACAUUUUAAAUGGAUCCUUAUGACCUGCUGUUCUCUUCCACCCCCUCUCAUGAGCUAAACCAAUGACACAAAGUGAUUUGCUGCUUUCCUGUUGAUUAUUUCCCCUGUUAAAUGAGUCCCACAGUGUCCUAUAAUCUCUCCUCGUCUGCCUCUAUCACAAGUGUUGCCUCCCCAGAGUCUGAGCUGAACGCCUCUCUCCUCCCGUGUGUCGCUGCUGUCUGAACACCUGACAGCGUUUUCAUCACUCAGAGGAACAGAGCGCUUAGUUCAUUGUCUUUUAUAGCAAGUGUAUGUUUAUCAAUAAAAUAUUUUA